AUGUCUUCAACAGUAUAUUUAUUAUCAAUACAAAAUUUAUUAACACGAUAUGGUAUGAGUACAUAUGUUGCAUUUGGUAAUAUCGGAAAUUUAUUAACCAUUGCUGUUUUCUGUCAAUCGGAACAACGUCGAAAUUCUUGUUCAUUUUAUUUAUUAUGGAUGACAAUAUGUAAUUUAAUAUGUCUUAAUGUUGGAAUAAUUCCAAUUAUAUUCUCCCUAGAUCAUACAGAUAUAAGUACAACAAUUCUUAUCGCUUGUAAACUUCAAUUUUAUAUUCGUCAUACAUCAUUUCAAAUAAUGAGACAAUAUAAAGUAUUAGCUUGUAUCGAUCGUUUUGCUUUAUGUAGUUUACAAGUUCGAAUACGUUCAUUUAGUCAAAUUAAAAUAGCAAAACGUCUUGUAAUUAUCAGUGGAAUAUUUUGGAUAUUAAUAGUCAUAUUUUUUGCUGUAGUACGUACUAUUGAAAAUGGUUCAUGUAAUAUACAAGAUAAUUCCUAUGCAUUAAUUUAUACAAUAUAUUAUAUGAUAUUUGCUGGUAUUCUUCCUCCAUUUUUAAUAAUAUUAUUUAGUCUAUUAGUAAUGAAAAAUUUAAAACGGAUGCGUGUACGUAUCCAACCAACGAAAGAAAAUAUUUCAAUACCAUUUCUUCGAAAACGUGAUCGAGAUUUAUUAAAAAUGGUUUUUGUUGAAGUUAUAUUUUAUGUUAUAAGUACAUUACCAUUUUCAAUUUAUCUGAUUUACCAAAUGAUUACAAAUAAUUCUAUUAAAAGUGAAGAUCAAAAACAAAUUGAAUCAUUUAUUAAUUAUUUAACACAAUCAUUUAUUAUGUAUUUUAAUACAGCAUUACCGUUUUAUAUUUAUUUAGCAACAUCACCAUCAUUUCGAAAUCAAUGUAAAAGACUUCUAAUGAGAUUUAUUACAAAUAAAAAUAUACGAAUAGAUAAUACUAAAUAA